CGACAGUCGGAAAUUCGCAGAAAAAAAGGCGACGAUCGGUUGGCAGCUGCGGAAAAACGAAUACUCACCUUUUAAAUAUUGAAGAUCAAGAAUUGAAGUGAGUUGUAAUCUAAAGAUGGCUGCCAGUAGAGCUUCGGAACGGAGUGCAAGAGAAUUUUAUGAGAUGAAGCAAAGGGCUGUUAAUUUCUACAAAGAGAAUCAAGUCCCAGAGAAGAUUGAGGAAGUUCUCAAUAAUAUGUUCCAUGAAAACCCUGCUGAUGUUUAUGGCUAUCUGUCUGAGUAUUUUGAAAGCAAGGCGAAACCACCUGUCAUUCACAAAGUAAACGGGAGAGAGGUGUAUGAUAGCAAAGGUCAGCCCACAGUUCAAGCAGAUAUAUCAUGUAUCAUCAAAGGAUUGGAAAAGCAUUUCUCUACUGCGACUGCCAGCAGUUACAAUCACUACCCUGAUAAUGUAACGCUGGAGAAGAGAGAAGCAGAUGAGAAGGAGAGGCUGCAGAACACACAGGCGGCCGUAUCACUGAUCAAUGGACAACUCACUGAAGCAUUAUGCGGUGUCGAUCCUACUGAUCAGAAAGAGGCUGAUGACAUUGUCAUAACACUGAUUGAUAAGCUGAAAGCCGAGGCUGACCAGAAGGAGGAGGAGGAGCGGCUGAAAAGGAUCGAAGAGGAGCUCAACCAGGAGCCGAAGGAGCCCGCUAAGGAGGAGAAAACUGUUUCACCCAAAGGGAAGAAGAAGGCAGGGAGUGCUAGGUCAGGCAUUGUAGCCCUGGAGGAGCCAAAAGAGCCGUUGUACCCAGCAUGCAGUGCAGCGUGUGCCGUAUCUCAGGCGGUUGCCAUGGCGGGAGCUCUAGUGAAGAAGGUCCAGCUGUAUGAACACAUAUGCCACAUUGCUGGAAAUGUGGAUAUGGAUGUAUUGACUAUGCCUAUGCCCAUGGUGAGUGUGUUGAGCUCUGGUAAACCAGCCCCAGGCAAGCAGAACCUCAUCAAAGAACUUUUAAUUCUGCCUAAACCUGGACUGUCAUUGGAAGAGGGAAUGAAACAAGUGACGACUGUUUAUCACCAAAUUGGAAAGCUCCUCUUUGCCAAGUUAGGGGUCCCAGCCUACUACGUCAAUGAUAACGGAACCUUCACUCCCCAGUAUGAUCGUCAAGAACAGUUCCUAGACCUGGUCCAGGAAGCGGUUACAGCCCUGGAACUAACACCAGGAGAAGACAUCUUUAUUGCUUUGAACUGUGCUGCCCAUGAGAUAUAUGAACCAGAAAAGAAUAAGUAUGAAGUUAUGACAGGUAUGCUAAAGACAUCAGAGGAUAUGAUAGAGUUUUAUACAGACAUCAUCAACCGAUACCCUGCUAUUGUGGCAUUGAUUGAUCCACUCAGAAAACAGGAUUCUGAGACAUGGACCAAACUUUGCGAGCGUCUUUCAGAGAAGUGUUACAUCAUAGGAGAGCACGUCUACCCACGUGUAGAGAAGUUUGUUCAAGAAGGGUUUGGCGAGCUGGCAGCAAGCGGUGCCUCACUGCGUGUGCGUCAGAUGACAACAGUUACCAACAUCAUACAGGCAGCUACAAUUAUAAAAGAGGAAGCCUCGAUCACAGCCAUCUCCAGUGUACCAGGUGAUACAUCUGAUACAUUCCUAGCUGAUCUAGCUGUUGGUAUCGGAGCUACAUUUGUCAAGUUUGGUGCUCCAGCAAGAGGCGAGAGGAUCUCCAAGUACAACCGUCUCCUGCAGAUCUCAGAGACCUUGAAUGAGCAAGGUCAGCUUAGAGUCCAUGAGGAGUUUAGCUUCCCCAUCAAGAGACCACCUACUCCAUCCCCAUCAGAGGGACAGGGAAGUGAACAGGAUGGUAGCAAAUAAUCGAGA